AUGGAUGUCGACACUCCGUCGACCGAUUCGGCUGCGCCGUUGCCUGUGGAAACGGACGACGAGCAGACAAACUGGAAAAUCGAAAAAGCCAUGUUGACUACUGAAUCGCACAACAUUAACCAGGAGCUGAAGGAUGUGAGGGACCGUUUGACAGAGAUCGGAGAAGUCAACAAGCGUUUGAGCGAUGAAUUAUCUGUGAAAGUAGCUCAACUUCAAGAUCAAACCGGCCGCCAGCGAAUUCUUGAAGCUGAACGGAACGAGCUAACAGAUAAAAGACUCGAGCUGGAAGCUGAAAAUGCUCGCCUGAAAAUAGAAAAAGAAGAGCUGGACGCUGCAGCCAUUCAAGCAGGGAAGUGGACACAGUCAGCUCAAUUGGAGACUUUUACGUUACGCGAUGAAGUGCAAAAACUCACCGCUGAGCUAGCGAAUUUCAAGUACACCAAGGAAGCUUUGGAGAAAGAAGUUCAAACAAUUCAGUAUGAAAGAGAGAAGUACAAUACUGAACGUAGUCUUUACGCUGAAUCGAAACGAUGGCUCAUGCAGGAAGUUUCUGAGCGGGACAACAAAGUUUCCUCGCUUCGACUUGAACUUAGCAACAAGGAUAUUCAAGGUGCAAAUGAGCGUCUUCAAUAUAACCAACAGAUCAAUCUCUUGCGCGCCCAACUCGAAAGUUUAACGGAGAAGGUUGAUAUGCUCACUUUCACAAACAGUGAUUUGAGCAAGAGAAUCGAAAACGUAAAAAAUCUAACUGAACUCUCGAAAGCAACAGAAAUCGCCAAUUUGGAAGACGAGAUUCGCUGUCAGGUCGAUCUUCAAAGAGUCAUGAAAACGUCCAUGGAAGAGGCUAAGAACGCUGCUGACCACUUCAAAGACCAACUGGAUGCCCAAGAAAACAUUUUGGCAGAGGUCAGAAGAGUUCUCCAGGAGCAUCAAGACGACAUGGAGCGAGAAAACAUUGCUCAUGCUGAAGCUAUAAGUCAAAAGGACGAGGAGCUCGCUCAACUUCGUGCUGAGCUAGCGAAGGCCAGCGAGAUGAUGAAAAGCAUGAGUGAUGUGAAAUUGAAUGUUUCCGAAGAAGAACUUUCUGAACUUGCUCCUGCUGCUGCCGACACUGUACGCUACUUACGAGGUGGACAGUCGUUGAGCAGUCUUGUUCUGGAGCAUGCACGCGUUCGUGGGAAGUUGACGGAAGUCGAAAGCGAAAAUCUGAAUCUUCGAACUACACUUGAAGAACUUCUUGAAACUAUCGAUCAGAGCAAGCCGCAGUUGAUUUCGCAAAGACUAGUUGCUGAGGAACUAUACGACAAAAAUAAUAAGUUCGAGAAGCAGCUCGAUUUAGCAGAAUCGGAAAGAAGAGAGCUGAUCUGCCAACGCGACACUGCUCAGCGAGAUCUUGCGUACAUUCGCGCCGAGCUGGAGAAGUAUCAAAGAGACUUCGAGUUCGUCAGCAAAAGAGUGAGGCAUACAAUUGUUUCGUUGUUCAUCAAAAUAAUAAAUUUUCAGAACGCUGACCUUCUGUAUGCUGUAGAACGUCAGAGAGAUCCGAAUUGGAGCGAUGAACCUAACCCGCAACUUUAUGAAAGCAUCGUUCAACUGCAAAGACGAAAUGUUGAGCUUGAGUCAGACAUAGAGAACGCAAAGACUAGUGCUGCCCAAGCAGCAAUCAACGCCCAAAGCGAAGAAAUGGCUCAACUCCGAGCUGAUCUAGCUGUUACAAAGAAGUCAGAAGAGGAGUUGAAGACAAGAGUGGAGAAGACGAAGGCGGCAUUCGACAGCCUAAAAGAACGAACUGAACAUUUCAAGGAACUAGUGAGGGAUAGUGUAACAGCUGCCGAAGCACGUACUGCUCGCUUGAGAGCGGAAGAAGCGGUGGCCGCGAGGCUCGUAUGUGAAGCAACUAUCGAACGUCUGAAGAGCUACGCGGAAGAAUUCAAAGCGGACUCUGCCCGCCACGAACAACAACAAGAACAGAGAAUCCAGAGCGCAGAAGCCAAUAUCGCCAUUGUCACUGAGACCAACAUAAAACUUAAUGCUAUGCUUGAUGCUCAAAAGACGAAUACAGCUGUGAUGGAACAGGAAUACAAAUCUGCAUUGAAAGAAAGGGACGUGGCACUGGCAGAACUUAACAAAGUCACUGCUGCCGAUUCUGAAAAAGAACGUAGACUUGUUGAUCUUGGCCGGCAAGCUUUGGAAGCUGCAGAACAAGCUGGUGGUCUGAGAGUUCAAGUGAGGGCAUUAGAAGAUCAGUUGUAUGAUGCGAGAACGCAGAUAAAUAACUUGACAAUGACAGCAAGCUUCAUGAAGGAAAGUGCGGAGAAGGAGGAGAAAAUUGUAAGUUAUCAGAGAAAGAGAAUGUCAGUGGUUGAAAUGGCCAACUUUUUAUCGCGAGUUGAGACCGAGAGAUUGGUCCACGCAAACACUCAACUAGAAGUUCUUCAAUUGGAACGUGAUAGUUUGAAAGCUUCAACUACUCGAUUGAGCGAUCAAUUAACACAUGCUAGAAACGAUGCCAAGUUGGUACAGCAACGUUUGGAGAAAGAACUGGAAGUUGUCAGAAGCCGUCUGGUUGAAAAAGAGGAGCAGCUCGCUAGAGAUGAGAUGGAGUUGACCGAUUUGCGUUCAAAACUUGUCGUGGUGAACAGUCAAAUCACCAGUGCAGACACAAGCGGUAUGACACCAGAUCGUAUGAAGAGAGAGUUCUUGCAACUGAAGACUCGUAAUCAAUAUCUUGAGAGUGAGUUGGAUGAAGCUAAGAGCAAACUUAUGGAGUCGGAAACAACUCAAAAACGAAUGGAUUCCGAGAACGCCAUAUCUGCUUCACAUUACAACGUUCUCGAAGAGAAUCUGAAACAAACAGAACAGGCGGGAGCUCUGGAAAAGGAUCGACUCAUCGCUAACACCAAAUGUUUGGAAGAACGUGCACAGCAACUCACUGAAUCCUUAAAUCUUCGUCAAUCUGAGAUUGAUGAGCUUCGUACAAACUACGACGAGUUGACGAUUCGAAACGAAAGAGAAACAACCGAACUUCGCCGUCAACUUCAAGUCGCGUCUGCCAAUUUGGAAAACGCCAAAAGAGAACUUGAGAUCGCCAACAACAGUUUGACCAAUAGCCGAAACGAUGCUGCCCGAAAUGCAGCAACCUUGGAGCAACACUCGACAAUCGUGCGCAAUCUCGAAGAGCGUAUUUCUGAUAGUGAAAGUGCACGGGCACGUAUUCAAGGAGAGUUGAAUAGCGCGAGUAUCGCUCUUGUCGCAAUGACGACUGCGAAAAAUGAAGCUGAUCAGUUGAAAGAACAUGCGGAACGACAACUGCAGAAGAAAACCGAAGAACUUGCUGGAUUGGAAGCGGAAACUCAAAGAAAACAGGCCGAGAAUGAUGAAAAACUGUCUCAGCUGACGUCGCAAUACACAUCGUUGAGUUCAAGAUUUUCUGAUAGCGGAUCCGCAAUGGAUGUCGGAGAUGGAGGAUCAUCUCAGAGCGGAUUAGUGGAGCCACUUCAAAAACUAAUUGAGUUCCUGCGUCAAGCGAAGGAAGAAGCACUUACCCGAGCUAUGAAUGCUGAAGUAGAGAUGAGACGGUUACGCGCAGAAACAUCCGAAUUCGAACGAGGAAGAAAUGAUCUCCUUCAGAAGAUUCGAGAUUUGGAAACAGAAAAGAUAGCCACUACUGCUUCAUUGGUUGAGAAAGCUCAUCUAGUUGAACAAGUUCAAUCCCUGACUGCUGUCCACAAUGUCAAUGCACAACUUACUGAAGAGAAGAACAAACUGGUAGUUCAACUCGCUCAGACUCAAAAAGAGAAUGCAGGGCUUGAAAAGCUGAAAUUGAUGCUUACUACCAAAAGCGAGGAACAGAGGCGUCAAAUUGCGUCUUCCGAACAAGAAGCAAUUCAAAGAAAGAAGGAAAUCGAGCAACUCAAACGCGCUCAGCAAAAUCAAAAAGUUACAAACUUGGCACCUCAAUUGGAACAACUCAAGAGCCAGUUGAACAUUGCACGUCAAGAGCUUGCAACCACAAACGAGCGUGUGAAAUCUGCUGAAGCAGCUAAGACUGCAGCAGAGGAAAAAUUAAAGGAUGUCCAUACCAAGUUCACUCAAACUCGUCAGCUUGCAAUCAAAUAUCGUGAUGAGAAUACUGCUUUGAAGGCAGGAUUGGAUCCAUCGACUUCAGCUGCUCCAGUUAGUAGCAAUAAUGGCGAUUGUGAAUCUAGACUUGCUACACAAGCAAAAUCUUACGAAGAGAAAAUUGCGGAGCUACAAACUCAGAUUGAUGAAGCAAGAAAGGAAGCUGAGAACGCGAGUAUGAAAGUUCUACGCAUGAGUGUCAUGGAGAAAACUUUGAAAAAGACUUCCGAUCAGCUCACCGAGUUGAGACAACAGAACGAGAAAUUGGCUGAAAACAAUCGGGUGCUCACUAACCAACAGCAAUCCAGUUCCUCAACGGAUAUGGAAUCAAAAUCUUUGGGUGUCACCAGAGCGCCACAAUUCAGACAAACACCAACCAAAACAACGGACCCGAUUGAGCCUGAUCAAACUGUUGGUCAUCGUUCUGUACAAAAUCCAUCUCCUUCGGCAGCAAAAAGAUCAUCUUUUGGAAGACAGGCUCUAACAACUUCUUCCAACGUUGUCCCUCCUGCACCUGCACCACCAACCAAUACACCUCAGCAGAGAAUCUCGCCAGUAAAGCAGCGUCCUAUUCCACCUUCUAUUCCAAAUGAGCCAAUUGAUAUCAUUCCUCCAGUUCCUUCAGAAAACAUUCCAGUUGUUCCAGACCCAACACCUCCAACCAACACUUUCGGAUCCGGUCUACCAGUUCCGCAUAUGUUCCAAUCUUCCGUUCGAGUUCCGGCCCCGUCGUUAUUCUCGUCUUCAUCGACAACGACUGUUCAACCUCAAGCCGAGAAAAGAAGUGUUCUUCCCAAUAUUGAUUCGGUACCAACAACUCCAGCAAGCAAUCCAAGCUCACAGGUCACUACAACUUCAUCCAUCACUACGGGACAAAAGAUGUUUGGAGGCGAAAUUACGACUUCAUCGUCAGCUGACAAUAUGCUUCUUCCCGAAGAAAGUGUUGCCGAAGGGGCCGCCGGUCAGAGCAGUUUAGUCAGUGGUAGCAUUGAUCAACAGAAAUCUGAAUCUGCAAAUGCUGGAUCUUCAGAUGGAGAGUCACGUGACAGUUCGAGCAUGGGAGGAGUGUCCAGCUCUGACGCUCGCCGGAAGAGAGCUGCGAACGACUUCGAAAUGAGCGAAGCUAAGCGUCAACGCGAAAGUCCAAAUGAAGCUGUCACAAGCAGCGAGACUCAACAGCAGAACAAUCAGGCUGAAAUUCCAGAACUGGAUGACGAUGAAGAAGUUUUGGCUAUGGAGAACGAAGUCAGUGAUGAGGAUCCAAAUGACAACACUUUGAAUGAUAAUCAAGAUGAAGUCAUCGAUUUGGAGAAUGACGAGGAAGUGAUCGAAGAUGAAAUGGAAGGAGAUGAAGACGAGGAUGAUGACAGUUUCGGUAAUGAUGAAGAGUAUGAAGACGAUCGAGCCCCAGAGGAAGUCGACGAAGACGAUGUCGUUGUUAUCUCAGACGAAGAUGACGCUCCUGAAAAUGAUAACGAUGCUGAGAGUUUGAAUGAUGAUGAUAUCGAGGAAAUUGAGAUCGAGGACUCGAACAAUGACGUCAUGGAAGACGUUCUAGGUGGAGAAGAUUCACAACCUUCACUGGACGAUCAAGACCGUGAGGCUGCUUCAGCUGUCGAAGAGGCAGAAGAUGAGGGACGUGACCCUCUUGUGGGACUAGACGAGCCAAGCGCUCCUGCUGAUCCAACUGGAGCUGGUGUUGGUGGAAACUCGGGCAUGCAAAGAGUUCGUCUUCCAACUGGUAUCCGUGAGGCAGAACGAGACGAUCAAUGCUCUAGCAGGUUAGCUGUCAGUACAUUAUUCAUUUUACUAGUUCUUUUUUUCAGCAAUGAGACCGCGGAGGAGCGACCAGAGGCUCAACUUUCUGCUCGACAAGCUUCUCGUCAACGUCCACUUCGAGGAGCCAAACCAACACGAGGAGUCUACAGACCAGGACGCGGAGGCCGCGGAGGCGGCACUGCAUAA